AUGGACCAUGCGGACACUGCAGCAUCUUCGGCAGAAGUUAAAGCCAAAGACUAUGACAAUGUGGAUACGAAGGACUUGACCGAAUACCUAAAUCAGCUUGGAAGUACAGAAAAAUUACUAGAAAAGCAAAAGUCAAAAACGGCAAUGAAACGCUCUAUAACUACAGAAGUUCCCACUGAGCCAUCGAAAUCCAAGAAAGGACUACAUGAAAAGCCUCCCGAAAAAGAAAUUAGCGAUAAAAGACCACCAUUGAAAAAUCUGGCUAAAACACAAGAAGAAUCAAUCUCAUCACAGGAGACUCCAUUGUCAAAAGAAAAAGAGCGGGAAGGAGAAUCAAAUAAGCAUUCGAAGGAAGAAGGAGCAGAAGUGAAACGCAGAAAACCUACAAAAGAAAAGCCGAUGCUGGCUGGACCAAAAUCAGAUCAUUCCACAAAAGAGUUGAAGUCUGAUAAAACAGAGCGUAGUACAAAAAUAAGAAGUAAAGAAAGCGUAAAGGAUUCAGACCACGUGGUUCGAGAGCCCAACGUAGAACGGAAGUCAUGCAAGACGCCAGAUGAAAGCACAAAGGUACAAAAGGAGGAUGAGUUGGGCACAAAGAAGAAGGAAGAAAUUUCGGCUACAAAACCCACAACGCAACAAGAAAGUCCAAAAAUGCGAGAGCAGGAAAAAGCUGCCGUAAAGCGAAAAGAAUUAGUCAAGCCGAUGAAGGAGGAGGUUUUAACUGCAGUCUCCAAAACACCACAAGAGAGUUCAAAAACACGAGAGCAGGAAAAAAAGCCAAAGGACAAAAUUGUUAAGCCGAAGGAGGAGGAGCUUGUGACUGCAGUCUCCAAAACACCACAAGAAAAACAAAAAACGAAAGAGCGGGAAAAACCUAUCGUAAAGCCAAAGGACGAGAUUGUCCAGCCGAAGAAGGAG